UCUCAUGUGCUAUUUAAUUUGGAGGACAAAAUGCAUGACACUGCGCAUGAGAAGAGUCCAAAUGACAAAACCCUUUCAGAUGUUGAAAUGGAAUAUGAAAGCAAAUUAUCUGCUAAAGAGGAAGAAAUUCUAAGUUUGAAAGCAAAGCUGUCUGAAUCUCUUCCAGAAAGCACUUAUUCAGAGACUGUGUCCAGACAUAUCAAGGAACCAGAUCUUAUGCGAGAAACCGAAUUACUGAAAGAGAAAGUUCAAGAACUUGAGAUGGACUGCAAUGAACUGACAGAAGAGAACCUGGAGCUUUUAUUCAAGCUUAAAGAAGCAAAGAAAAAUCCUAAAGACGGAGGUCUCAAAGAUCGAUCUUUUGCUAGCUUUGAGUCUGAAAACAACUUAUUUCGAAUCUUCCCUUCAGAAAACAUGCUCCAGGGGAAACACACCAAGAAUAUUAGUGUUGAUGAUAAUGUUCCGACUAAAGAGGUUGAGGCUUUGAAACUUGAUCCAGAAGUCAGAAUAUUGGAUCUGAAUAUGGAAGUGAUCAAUAAAACAUCCGAAAUAGCAAAUCUUGAGGCUACCUUAUCUUCUAAAGAAAAAGAAAUUGGGGUUCUGCAGAAGCACCUGACUGAGUUAGAAGGCAAGGUCAAUGAUCUUGAACGAGAAAAUUUCAACUUCAGGAACAAAUGGAGAUCUUUACAAAAGAAAGUGAUACGGACUCUAAAUUCUUAUAUCAUUUACAAAAUGAUUAUGCAACUCUCAACAAGAAUAUAGAGUCCCAUGUUUCUGCCAGUGAAACACUUACAAGAAAGUCGUUGGAGUUGGAAGAAGGAAAACAUAAACUGGAGCUCCACAUAUCACAGAUAGAACAACAAAAUUAACAGUUGUUAAGGCAAAUAUCUGUAUUGGAAGCUCAUCUUGGAGAUUUGACUAAUGAAAAGGAGUCUUACUUAUCAGAACUAGAGAGCUCUAAGUCUCAAGCUGCGAGGCUUCGGGAGGAGAUGUUAAAGAUGAAGUCUGAGAUGGAUUAUUCAAAAGAAGAUUCUAAACAAAGGGAACAGUAUUGUUCCCUCAUGGGAGUCAGGUUGCAGAAAUCAGAACGAAAAUUUGCUGAUAUCUGUGGAAAAGUGGUAAUCUUAGAAAAGAAAUUUUCUUCAAUCCAGGAAGAUAUUGCAUCAAAAGAGAAGCAUCUUGCGUUGGAGUUAGAUGGCUUUAUUGAUGAAAAUAGAAAACAUAUGGAGCAGGGUCAAAGCUUGUUGAAUCAGAUGCAAACGGAGAAGAUGGUAGAAAUCCAGGGCCUUGAAAAGGAAAUUGAGAACCUCAGCAUGAAACUUGCAGCAACCUAUGAUGAAAAAGAAUUGAUAGCUUCCAAAGCUUUGCUUGAAGUAUCCACUUUACGUGCUGAUAAAGCUAAACUGGAAUCUGCUUUUGAAGAAGUUCAAUCUAAACGGAGUUUGUCCAAGACCGAAGUUAAUGGGAUGCAUACUGAAUAUGAACAAAAGCUGAAAGACCUAACAACUGAACUUGUUGAUCUGAAAAUGGAAAAGCAAAUGCUGAUGAAUGAACAUGAAAAACUGUUGAAGGUGGUGGAGAAUUCCAAAUCAAGAGAGCUAAAACUGAAAAGCACUAUAAAAUGCCCUUGAGUUAAAACUUACAGUCACUCAAUAUGAAAGGCAAAAAUUCAUGGAUGAGUCUAGAAAUCUAAAGUUACAGUUGCAGCAGACAAGUCAAUUUGAGAAUGAGAUUGUGGCUCUCAGGAAUGAGCUCAACUCUGCCAAUUAUGAGAAAAAGAGAUUGGAAACCUCAUUGAGCCUAGCUUCUGAAGUAUGCAAAGAUUUGGAGGCAGAAAAGGCAUCAUUUAAAAUAAAGAUUUCUACCUUGGAGAAGGUUGUCUCUGAAUUGGAGGACUGCAAGGGAACUAGAUCAUCACUUGAAGAAAGGCUUAUGCAGUUGGAGAGUGACUUGAAGGUUAGAGAAGAAAUGAGAUGUGUUCAGGAAUCUGAGCUCAGCCAAGUCAAAAGAAUAAACAGGCAGCAUCAACAAACCUUACAGUUGCUAGAGCAGGAAAAAGUUGAGCUCCAGAAAAAAGUCCAAGCUAUUGAAGAAGAACUGAAACUGCUUGAGGAACAAAAGAGAAACCAAGCUUCUAAGUUAAACAGGAAAGUUUUGCCUCUUCAUGAAGACAUGAAGACCUCAAAACAAGUUGAUUCUGUCUAGUUGGGACAAAACAUGCAUCUUUUUUACCGUCAUCAAGAACUUCUUUUGGGGAUUUCAUUAGAGGAAGGGGAGCAAUGACAAAUCUGGAGUGAGUGCUAUCUGGCAUCAUCAAAUUUGCACCAAUAGGACUAACAAAUAUGCUCAAUAAUGGAGGUGUAAUUCAAGAAGUGGAAUAUGCUCAAGGUUAAGGGUGAUGGCCAAAUUUUGGCUUACUCAAGUGAACCUCCAAAGAAGUUUCAAGUGAAUGGUUCUGAUAUGGAUUUUGAGUGGCUUCCCAAUGGCAAAUUGAUGGUUAAUCUUUCUUGGAUUCAAGAGGAUCAUGGUGUUUAUGAUUUAGCAAUUUUCUUCUAGUUUUUAUUUUAUAGGAUUG